CUGCAAAGCCAAUCCACCAGUGAUCUACCGCGACCUGAAAUCCGCUAACAUCUUGCUGGACAAUGACUUCCACGCCAAGCUAUCGGAUUUUGGGCUUGCGAAACUGGGACCAGUUGGCGACAACACUCAUGUCUCAACUUGAGUCAUAUGAACAUACGGAUACUGUGCCCCGGAGUAUGCCAUGAGCGGGAAAUUGACUCUUAAAUCCGACAUCUAUAGCUUUGGUGUGGUUCUGUUGGAGCUCAUCACUGGACGGAAGGCAAUGGAUUAUAGCAGAAGGCAAGGUGAACAGAACCUCGUUGUUUGGGUGAGUGAUAUGAAAAGUCUUCAGUUUUUUUCUUAGCUUUACCAAACCCUUAGGCUUUUAAACAAAACUAGAGAGCUAGCAUAGGAUACAUAGUAAUGAAAUUCUAUUUUGCCUUCCCUUUUAAUGUUUGCAGUCUCGCCCCUAUCUGAAAGAUCCGAAGUAGUUCUGUCAAAUGACCGACCCUCAGCUCCAGGGCCGCUACCCUCGUCGCUCUCUGAACUAUGCAAUUGCCAUAACUGCAAUGUGCCUCCACGAAGAGGCACAUUUCCAGCCUCUGAUUGGCGACAUAGUGGUUGCUCUCGAGUACCUAGCUGCACAGAGCGCUGAGCACAUGAGCGGAAAAGCACGAAGCGAGAUCCCCUUGCCCUCUUCGAAAUCUGACGGAAGUGAACCAAUGACGCCACCCUCCUCAAAAUCAGAGGUAAAUGCCCGUAGCGAAAUCAUCUUGCCCUACUCAAGAUCAGACAGAAGUGGACCAAUGACGCCACUCAUCAAAAUCAGAGGUAAAUGCCCCUAGUGAAAUCGUCUUGCCCUCCUCAAAAUCAGACAGAAGUAGACCAAUGAUGCCACCCUCCUCAAAAUCGAAGGUAAAUGCACCUCAGCAGUUGCUAUCCUCGCCUAUCUCGAAUUCAGAUAGAGACCCUCAGAAACAAGAUCUCGUCACCACUAGCGCUUCGUUCUAAUUUAUGUAUGUGGUCGGCGCUCAGAGGCUGAUUUUCUGGAAAAGAACACCCUUCAUUGGAUCAUCGCAAGUAAGUUGCUUAGUCAAACUAGGUAUGAUCUAAAUGGAAGGAAGAACUAUGUUUUUUUGAGUUUGUCCUGAGUUCUUAUGGUGUGAAGUUUUUCCUGCAGAUUUCUUGCAAGCUGUGAGAAAGGGAUGGAAAAGAGUGAGUAUACAUAAAAAAAAAUACGAAUGAAUGAAUGUUGUUUAUAUGUUAUACAGAAUGUGCACAUGAAUUGUACAUAAGGGUGUGAUGUUUGGGAGGGUAGAAAGAGCUUGUUUUGUUUUCUUCUUUUCCACUUCUCCUCCAUUUUCCCCCCAUCCUCUUGUUUUAUUUACUAUGAAGAAUGGAGCAAAAUGUGUAGAUUCUAUCAAUAAAAGGGAUCCAUUCAUAGCACCCCUUACAAAAUUGACAUCAAUGCUCAUUGGUAUGAAGUUAUUUUUGCUUGGGUUAUUUUUCUAGAACUGGUCUCUUUCAUUUUUUUCCCCCAUAGAAGAUACUCUUGACGAUGUUUAUAUACCUAGUGAACCAUUAAUGAAGCCUGCAGCUGAACAAAAUAGCAUGGUUAAUGGUAUUGCACCAGAUGAGAUGAGAAAGGUCUCUCCAAUUACAAACCAGACUAGUAUCAGUUUCGAGAAGCAAGAAGAUCGACCUUCUGUCUCGUUGCAGCCAUGAGGAGAUACUAAGUUACUGCUGAUUACAUCACAUACAGUGUUAUUUCUUACUGAAAUAGCAAAGAUCAUCGGCCGACGAUAGAUUAUUUUAGUCAUGGAAUGCCCCUUGUUAUUAGCUACUGAUCUUUGCUUUACCGAAUACACCAUAUUGCAUGAAUUCAGCUUAACAUACUACGCUGAAAAAUCAGACAAAUACAAUGCUUUCUGACAUCUAAAUGUAAAGAAAGCAGAGACCACAAUGAUAGUAAAUUCUGCUUUGAAGUUGGCGUGCAAAUUUGUUCAUCUACAGCAAUACUUGAAUGGGCACUUUUCCACAACUAGUUCACUCGUAUUACCGAGCAAGAAUAGCAUACAACGAAAGGACUUUUGUUGCCAGCACUAAAUGGACAGCCCUAUUUCUUUUCACGGUCUAAAAACACCACAUUCUACUGUUGAAUACAUGUUUGAAUCGUCACUUGAAAACAAAUAACAAGCCCCUUC